AAUCUUGUACAAGUUCAACCCGAACUAAAUUCUUGGCUCCAUCAUUUGGGCCUAAUUAGGUCCAUCACCUGCUUCCAUUCAACUCUAAAUUUAAUUUCUAAAACCUUGAGCUUGGAGCUACCAAUAUGUGUGUUCAUACUUUUAGCUUUCCUUGCCUACUUCCAAACUACACGCAGUCCACACACAUUUGGUACCACCGCCCCAUAUUUGAUUUAUUAAGUUGAGAAUCACUCAACACAAGCUUUAAAUUUAGUUUAAAUAUAGAUAUAUAUACUCCACAAAUUUGUUUGCAAGUGAUAGAUUCAAUGGAGGAAAAGAUGAAGGAUUGGGAGGGGAAGAAAGUAUGCGUGACUGGUGCUGCUGGUUUUGUAGCUUCGUGGCUUGUGAAGCGCCUUCUUCUUUCUGGUUAUCGCGUGAUCGGAACGGUGAGAGAUCCAGAUGACGAGAAGAAAGUGGGGCAUCUUCUAAGGCUGGAGGGCGCGAGAGAGAGGCUCCAACUAGUGAGAGCCGAUCUGAUGGAGGAAGGAAGCUUCGACAACGCCAUUUUAGGAUGCCAUGGAGUUUUCCAUCUCGCGUCGCCCGUGCUUGGCCAGCCUAAGUCCGAUCCAAAGGCUGAGAUACUGCAACCGGCGAUCGAUGGGACGUUGAACGUGCUGCGCUCGUGCAAGAAGAAUCCAUGGCUGAGGCGCGUGGUUCUCACAUCUUCGUCCUCGACGGUGAGGAUACGAGACGAUCUCCUUCCCGGCGUGCCGCUGGAUGAGUCUUCCUGGAGUAGCGAGGAGCUCUGUGAGAACCUCAAGAUCUGGUAUCCACUGUCGAAAACUCUGGCUGAGAAGGCAGCAUGGAAAUUCUGCGAGGACAACGGCAUAGAUCUGGUGACCCUCAUCCCCUCAUUUGUGGUUGGACCAAGCUUGCCCCCUGUUUUGAGCUCCACAGCAUCUGACGUGCUUGGUUUGCUCAAAGGAGAGAGGGAAAAGUUUGAGUUUCAUGGAAGAAUGGGAUAUGUUCACAUUGAUGAUGUUGCGUUGAGCCAUAUUCUGGUUUACGAGAAGGAAAACGCACGAGGCCGCUAUCUCUGCACCUCUACGGUUCUCGACAUUGACGAGUUAGCUGCAAAACUCGCACCACGCUAUCCGGCUCUACCAAUCCCCAAAACGUUUAAGAAAGUUGAGAGACCACACUAUGACUUCGACGUCUCAAAAAUCAAGGGCUUGGGAAUGAGAUUCAGAUCAAUCGAAGAAAUGUUUGAUGAUUGUGUUCACUUUUUCACCAUGCAAGCCCUUCUCUCUCCACUCUCACAACCUUCAUCUUGACUCUUGAGGGCAUAAUUAAUUAUAAGCCAUGUUUAUCUAUAUUUCAAACCUCAAAUAUUAGUAGCUUCUGUUUGAACUAGCUACAAAUUAAAAAAAAAAAAAAAAUGUUAUAUCAAGAAAUUAUCGUGUUAUACUACUCGUGAGAUGUUAUAUAAUGUUAUAUAACUACUCGUGAGUGAUCUAAUUUGUGUGACCAACGAUAAAUAUUCAGUAAAUGUAUAAUGAAAGUGAUAUCAAUGAUAA